GCCACGGGCCCCGGUGACUUCGAUAGGAGUUUGCCCCGGCCUCAGUGAAAGCUGCGUGAGGGUCUCCCAGGCUCGGGCCCGCCGUGGCCAGCCGGCUUGAGAUUUUAAACUCUCCCAAGUACAAGAAGUUAACUCCAGAGUCAACUUCCCAGGGACUUGCUUCCAGUUCCCAGGUGCGAAGGUAGAAUUAAAGAGAAUAAAUCAGCAUGCAUCUGUAGAGUGAAGCUAUCUUUCCAGAAAAAAAGUUAUUUAAAUAAGCAGCUGUGCUGCACACCACAUGCACAGUGUAGGAAAAGAAGAUUUUCUAUUCUCAAUCUGCACAGCAAGAAUGUACUGGAAAAAACAGUAGAAAGCAGCAAUGAAAUAAAAGAUUGUUAUCUAGUGAAUUAUCUUCUCAUCUUCACACAAUCCAGCUCAAGCAGCACCUGCAGGUUUGUCAGCCUCUUCCAUUCACAAGUUGAGAUAUUCAUUUGCUGGCCUGGAGUAAUGCAACAUAAUAUUUGUACACUGCAUAGCCUUUGAGGUAUUAACAUGACAACCAGCAGCCACACGUGUCCAGUACCAACCGUGAAUGGACAUAUGAAUCACUAUCCAACAGCUCCAUAUCCAUUACUUUUUCCUCCAGUCAUCGGUGGACUUUCACUUCCUUCCCUUCAUGGACUCCAGGGUAACCCACCAACAAGUGGAUGCAGCACCCCAUCACCUGCAAUGAGAACAGGCUGUUUAGGAAAAGAGAAAUCUAAGACCAGGACUCAAGCUAUCGAAACUCAGAGCACCAGUUCUGAAGAACUUGUCCCAAGCCCACCUUCACCGCUUCCUCCCCCUCGUGUUUACAAGCCCUGUUUUGUCUGUCAAGACAAGUCAUCUGGAUAUCAUUAUGGCGUCAGUGCCUGUGAGGGAUGCAAGGGUUUUUUCCGCAGAAGCAUUCAGAAGAACAUGGUUUACACGUGUCACAGAGACAAAAACUGCGUUAUUAAUAAAGUCACCAGAAAUCGCUGCCAGUACUGCAGACUACAGAAGUGCUUUGAAGUGGGAAUGUCCAAAGAAUCUGUCAGAAAUGACAGGAACAAAAAGAAGAAAGAGCCUUCAAAGCAAGAGUUUACUGAAAACUAUGAAAUGACAGCAGAGUUGGAUGAUCUGACUGAGAAAAUUCGGAAAGCUCACCAGGAAACCUUCCCCUCUCUCUGCCAGCUGGGGAAAUACACUACGAACUCUAGCGCAGACCAUCGGGUUCGACUGGACCUUGGGCUUUGGGACAAAUUCAGUGAACUUGCUACAAAGUGCAUUAUUAAAAUAGUGGAAUUUGCAAAACGAUUGCCUGGCUUUACAAGUUUGACCAUUGCAGAUCAGAUCACUCUGCUUAAAGCAGCCUGCCUGGACAUCUUGAUCCUUAGAAUUUGCACAAGAUACACACCAGAGCAAGACACUAUGACAUUUUCAGAUGGCCUUACCCUAAACCGAACUCAGAUGCACAAUGCUGGAUUUGGUCCACUAACUGACCUUGUGUUCACAUUUGCCAACCAACUCCUGCCUUUGGAAAUGGAUGACACAGAAACAGGCCUACUUAGUGCCAUCUGCUUAAUUUGUGGAGACCGCCAGGACCUUGAAGAACCAGCAAAAGUGGAUAAGCUACAGGAGCCAUUGCUGGAAGCACUGAAAAUUUAUAUCAGAAAGAGACGACCCAACAAGCCUCACAUGUUUCCAAAGAUCUUAAUGAAAAUCACAGAUCUUCGCAGUAUCAGUGCGAAAGGUGCAGAACGUGUCAUUACAUUGAAAAUGGAAAUCCCUGGAUCAAUGCCACCUCUUAUUCAGGAAAUGUUGGAGAACUCGGAGGGACAUGAACCACUGACACCAAGCUCCAGUGGAAAUACAGCAGAGCACAGUCCUAGCAUCUCACCCAGCUCAGUGGAUAAUAGCAGUGUCAGUCAAUCUCCACUUUUGCAAUAAGACAUUUUACAGCUACUUUAGACAUUCCUAAUACCUUAUGUACAGGGAUGAAAAAAGCAAGAAAAACAUUUUUACUUCUGCUUAGUUUCUGGACUUAAUAUAUAUAUUAUAUUAAAACUCAACAAGGACCAAGAAGUUUUCAUAUGUAUCCGUAUAUUACUCCUUGCUGUUUAAAUUCGUAAAACUAGAAAACGUUUGAAACUCUAAAUCAGCCAUUUCAAUCAGCAACAAGAAACUAGUUAAGCUUCUAUUUUCUCUUCUGAGCAACCAAGACUGCAUGGUGACAAGACCAAGCUCAAACUUUAAAUUCUGGUUACAUUUCUGAUGACUUUGUACAUACAAAUGUAUGGCUCUACUGGCUGUUUGGUGCUUUCCUUUUUUGUCUUGCAUAUCUAAAAGGAUCAGGACAUCAAGUUUAUAAAAAAUGGACUACUUGUACAUGUCCAGCUAAGAACAUUUAAAAAGACAUUCUGAUUUAGUUAGUAUGAAAACGUGUCAUUGCUCUUUUUGAUGCCCUCAGUUUCUAUCUCCUUCCCCAAAAAAGUAUUCAAAAAAUCUGCAUCAGUGUAACUACCAGAUCAGUUAUUCAGAUGUCAAUUGUUCCACUGUUAAUGUCACUUUAAAAGGUGGUUUAUUACUUGGCUGAUGACAUAUCUACACAUUUUUUUCAGUGCUAGCCUCCAAGGCAGAAACACUUUUUAGUGUUACCAUGUUUUUGUUUACAAGCCAUUAGGGAAACUUCAUGGGAUAACCAACAGGCUUAUUCACUACUUUUGAACUGGUGAGUCUAGUUUAUUUCCUUAAGAAACUGGGGCCAGGAGUUGGGCUUUCCCAACAUGCCUGAUGCCAACGGGCUACCACAAGGACUUCCAAAAUACAUGGGGGAGAGAAUCUGGCUUCUUGACCUUGUUAAAUCACUAUGAAUCAGAGUGAAAACAGUGGUAGAAGGGUUAACUGAUUUAAAAAAUGUCAGUUUCUUACGUUUCAUUUAAAGCACUAGUGGAUUUUUUUGAUAGAUAUAUAUAUAUAUAUAUAUAUAUUCUAGCAAGUCUGUGAUGUACUUUCACUGGCUCUGUUUGUACAUUGAGAUUGUUUAACAAUGCUUUCUAUGUUCAUAUACUGUUUACCUUUUUC